AUGUCUGCUACAGAAGAACUCAGUGGUAUUCUUACUAGAAGACAAGAGAUCAACGAAAAGCUUGAAGAGGGCCUAGAGGUUAAACCGAAAUAUAAGUUCGUAAACGUUUAUACCGAAUUUCACGAGUUCUCCAGGAAGGAAAUAAAACAAUACGAGGAGACCUUCAACAAAUUUGAUGAGGGGCGAGAUGGAUAUCUGGACUUGACAGAAGUUAAGCGAAUGAUGGAGCGGCUGGGAGCACCACAGACCCAUCUUGGACUGAAAGCUAUGAUCUCAGAGGUUGAUGAAGAUGGAGACAACAAAAUCAGUUUUCGAGAAUUCUUACUCAUUUACAGGAAAGCUCGUGCUGGAGAACUUGAAACUGAUUCCGGUCUAGACGCAUUCGCCAGGCUGACUGAAAUAAACGUAGAUCAAGUAGGAGUAAACGGUGCUAAAAACUUUUUUGAGGCAAAAAUUGAGGAACUAGCCAAAAGUAAUAAAUUCCACAACGAAAUUAUUCAAGAGCAAGAAGAGAAACGUCGGGAAGCCGAAGAAAAAGCUCAAAGGAUGCAGAGGUUCAAAGAGAAAGCAGCUUUAUUCCAACAUUGA